UCCAGUAAAUUCGCUUACAUUACAACAUCGCAUUGAUAAAAACGCAAUGAGUGGACGAGGCAAAGGCGGUAAAGGACUCGGCAAAGGAGGCGCCAAGCGGCACCGUAAAGUUCUCCGUGAUAACAUCCAGGGAAUCACCAAACCCGCUAUCCGCCGUCUGGCUCGCCGCGGUGGAGUGAAGCGUAUCUCCGGCUUGAUCUACGAGGAGACUCGCGGUGUGUUGAAGGUGUUUCUGGAGAAUGUGAUUCGUGAUGCCGUCACCUACACCGAACACGCAAAAAGGAAGACCGUGACCGCCAUGGAUGUGGUGUACGCACUGAAAAGACAGGGCCGAACUCUGUACGGCUUCGGCGCAAACGUUAACGGUUCAUGUCUGCGGAGGCGUGGCAAAUUGCAAAAUCCGCCCAGGAAAGCGAAUUUUGUAUUGAGAAUGGCAAGAACCAAGCAGACCGCCCGUAAAUCAACCGGAGGUAAAGCGCCCAGAAAGCAGCUGGCUACGAAGGCUGCCCGUAAGAGCGCUCCUGCUACCGGCGGCGUGAAAAAACCUCACCGUUAUAGACCCGGUACCGUGGCGCUGCGGGAGAUCCGCCGCUACCAGAAAUCUACAGAGCUGCUGAUCCGCAAAUUGCCCUUCCAGCGUCUGGUGAGAGAGAUCGCUCAGGAUUUCAAGACUGAUCUGCGCUUCCAGAGCUCCGCUGUGAUGGCUCUGCAGGAGGCCAGUGAGGCUUAUCUGGUCGGCCUGUUUGAGGACACUAACCUGUGCGCCAUCCACGCCAAGAGGGUCACCAUCAUGCCCAAAGACAUCCAGCUGGCGCGCCGCAUCCGAGGAGAGAGAGCUUAA